AUGGACGAAGACGAGACGACAGAAGCUGCGGAAAAUGAACAAAUCAAAUCUACGGCGAUAGUGAAAUAUUCUCUGCCGAAGCAGGCCCAAUUCAUGAAGCUUCAAUGCAACACGGACCUGAAUUUGCCCCCUUCGAAUUGGCUCAGCAGUUCUGCCGAUUCCUACGGUUUGCAACAUGUCAUUUCACAUCCCAAAGGAUUCUCUAGUUUCAGAAUGGCACAAAUGUUCCCAGAUUGCGUCGGCGAAGUAGACGUGGUAUCAGACGCAGAAAACAUAAAAAAGCUCCUAAAAAUCCCCUAUCACAAGGGCCAUAUCAGCAUGAUGGUACACCGUAUCGAGAACACCCUGUUGUUGGACGAUUUCGAUAUUUACAAACACCUUCUCAGAACCGCCGAGACAGAAUGGGAAUGGCUGCGCAAAUUUUUUUUCGAAAAUAUCAACCGAGCCACCUGCGAAGAAGACAGAAAUUUGUACAUCAAGAACCGUACCAGGGAAGCUUUGAAGGAGAAAAGCCUAAUCUCCAAGUUUCUGUACCACAGCUUGGUACCCAGCGACAUCAAAGAAACCACCAACUUGGUAGAAAGCAAGAGAUGUCACCAAGCGCAAGACCCGAUCCUACCCGAACCUUCCCCAUCUACAGAGUGUCCAGAUUCCCCCACUUCCGACCACGCCUACAACCGAAACGUCGUAUGGACCUUCGAAGACAUCGAAAUGCUCAUCGGCACCGAUAUGCCCAUUUUCGGAGGUGGCACCCACCCCUGCAUCUCUCUGCGCCUGCGCGAUAUGAGCAAACCCAUAAACGUACUAACGGGGAUAGAUUAUUGGCUGGACAAUCUCAUGUCGAAUGUCCCGGAGGUGGUGAUGUGUUACCACCUUAAUGGUAUCGUGCAGAAAUACGAGCUUGUUAAAACCGAGGAUCUGCCGAGGAUGGAUAACAGCAAGUUUUCACCGAAGCUUAUUAGGGAUGUGGCGCAGAGUAUACUUAGUUUCUUGAAGUCGAACGCCACUAAAGCUGGGCACACUUACUGGCUAUUCAAAGGGAAAGAUGAAGAGGUUGUUAAACUGUAUGAUCUAACUAGCCUCUGCUCAGAAACCGAUGUUGAAAACGGUACGAACCCGUUUACCGUCCCUGUAGCGAUGCUACUGUAUAGAGUAGCCAGAAACAUGAAACACUCCACUGACAGGCAGCAACCGGGCACUAUCCGUAUGCUGCUAAAAAACUGCAUUAAACUGUUACCACACGAAAAAUACCCCGAAAUCGUCACUUCCUCCAUGUACAUGAUUUCCGAUCUGUAUGUACCGGCAAGAACUAACCCCGAAAAUCCCGGAUUAGAAGAUAACCUCCAAGAGGACGACGGAGAUAGCAUUUUCGAUGACGAUUUAUCGGAUGAAGAGUACAACAAGGAAGAUGCUACGAAAAUACUGGUUUUGGACAACAACAGACUGGAGAAGUUCAAGAAUUACUACAAACCUCCGGCUCCCAUCGUUGGUGGCUUAGAGGAGAGAUGUAGUCAGGCGAUACAACAUGUAGCAGCCGGUCUAAGCUGCCUGAAAUUCUUCCCGGAACAAUCCUCGGGCAACAAGAAAAACGAGGAAGAAGAAAUCAAAAUGGCCAAACCGUUCGAACCAAUCCCAAUGCCCUACGCCAAACUCGAUGACCGCAAAUCUCAGGAAGACUCCGGCAAAAAACACAAGAAAAAGGACCACCGCAAGAAGAAAACGAUAGACAAAAACCAGGAGAAGCUGAGCAACGCUCUGCUGCCCAAAAAUCUGAACGAAGCUCAAGCUUUGCCCACUUGGAGCGAAAACGUCCAGGACAACAUAUCCUGGAAAGACCAUUUGAAAACUCUGCUUUACGAGAAAGCCGUACUAGUGUACGCCAUUUUGUCAGAGCGCCAUUUUGUCAACGGCAAUUACGGGACGAGUUUGAGGUACAUCGGGCUUCUUGCCAGGUGUCAGUUGGUCAUGAACAAGCUACAGUAUACUUCCAAUGCGUUGCGAGAAAAUUGCCUUUUGGGCAGAGCCGGCGAUUGCUGCAUUAUGAUGAUACAAACGUGGGGGGAAUCCGAAAAGUUCAAACAACAACUUCAUAAUGUCGCAGAAGAAGACUUCAAACUGAUGGAGCAGUUGGAACAAGAUGAACGCGAUUUCGAUAUAAACAUAGGUCACAGCAUCAUGAAAUGCGUAUUUAUCUACGACAUACGCACCAUUGAACAGAUGCUCCUCACCAGCAUCGAAUGUUAUGAGGAGGCCCUGAAGCUAUCCGAAACUGAGAGCAUCCUACGUCGCCUAGGCAACAGUUUGAACGAAGUGGCUUCCUACUACCUCAACCGAGCCAAAAUAGAGAAAACCGGUGACGACAUCAUUCUGACCUGCAAAAAGGGAGAACCCUAUCUCGCCCGGGGGCUGGAAGUAUUCGAAAAGGUCAAAGAUGACGCCAAUAUAGCUUUGUUGUACACCAACAUGGGCCACCUGCACCGAUUGUUGGCGCACGCCCACACGCCCACGGAGCGAAGCGAGUUGACGCCCAAGGAAAAGUUUCACUACAACAAGGCCUUUAUUAAUUACAAGAGGGCGUUGCAAGUGUUGGGCGAGCGGAAGCAUUGCCCCAACAUUUGGGACGCUGUCAAAUGGGAGCUGUCGACCGCCCUGUUCAAUAUGGGGUCGAUCAUGCACGAAAAUCCCUCGUCGCAUUUGAACAAAACCGAAGCGGAAAAAGAGGUGAUUGAGACCCUACAAAAAGCCCUACAGUAUUGCGAUUUCGACGAAACGAACCCGAAAUACCCGCUCUACUUGUACAGGGCGGCCAUCAUUCACUAUCGCAUAGGCUCGCUCUAUCACAGCCACAUAUGGCUGACGAUCAACGACUCGGCCAAUCGGAAAAAUAUCAUUCAGCUGUCGAAAAUCAACUACGAGAAAGCUGCCAAACUGUAUUUCCAAAGUUCGGACGCCGUCAAUUAUUUUACGGCACAAAUGCAGAGGUUCGCACUUUCGGAGUACUUGGUGGAAACUACCAACGUUAUGAACAGUAAAAUCAAGCAUCUCCAGCACUGCUUGGAGAUACUCUUCGAACUAGAAGAGAUGAUAAAUCUUCUGCAAGAGAAGAAAGUUGAUAUUCAAGAAGAGAAGGAAGAGACUGAGCUGAAGGGCGACGAAAAAACGUAUAAAACUUGCCACUCUUUGUUGAAAUUAGUAGCUCAUCGAUUACAAAAUACUCUGAAGCUUCUAGUGAAAAUCUGUAUCACAAAACCUGCACCUAACAAAGAUUGUGAAAAAUUAGGGGAGUUGUAUAAAAAAUGUUACAAGAUUACCUUUGAGUUGAAGGAUGGUUUGAAAUAUUGGGAUCUUCUAGAAAAACUUGGCAGAGUUUUGAGGAAUUUGAAGAAUGAUGUUGCCACAUUUUAG